AUGGCGAGGCGUUUUAAUACAGACCUGGGGAAACGUGGACGCUCCGGCCUGAGCGCCAGACCCCGCCCGCGGCGGGAGCGGGGUCAGGGGGAGCGUCAGUGCAGCCCCCCACCUCGGCCAACGACAGCGGCGGGGCUGGACACAGCACAGCUGGACCCUCACCCGCCAGCAAGCCCCCACGGCAUCCAGAGCAGCCUGGAGCGCAGCCAGAAGCCCUUCCGGAAGCGUCCACUCGGCCAGCGCUGUCCGAGCCAUUCUGGGAGCGCAGCGAACAGGCUGCAGCCGCUGCCCUCACACAAAUCUUGCGCUCGGCGCCCAAUCAGCGCGCUUGGCACGCGGUCAGACCCCCGGGAGAGCAGCCCCGGGGAGAGACCAUUACGCGACUGCACGUCUGCUAGGUGCCGACCUGACGGCAGGUGCAUCAGUGAGGAGGGGCUCAGAGCGUACCAAGCAGAGAGUGAGCCUCAGGACGACGAGAGCCAGAGGACGGUGGUCCAGGGGGUGGUGGAAGGCAGGGCGGCAGCAGAAGGACCGUCACCCUGCUGGUGGCGCUGGGGGUCAGCGGAGCGGAGCGGGCAGGGGUUCUUCCAGCUGCCUUUCCAGGGUCGGCCAGGCGAGGGCACCAGCGGGACAGGCAGGGGUCCGGUCUUUCCCGGCCUGGAUGUUUGCGGGGGGGAGUGGGGUUCGCGCCCACCCAGCUCCCUUCAGCGUCUGCAGAACCUGGGAGCGCCUGCAGCAGCACAGGCGCCCAGCAGGCGGCCUCUCCGGCUCCAGGGCCCCCACGCCUCCACCCCUGCGCCCCCAGCUGGCAGGCACUUGGUUCUCUUGACCCACCAACCCCUGGAAGCCAUCGAGAGGGUGUGCUUGGGGCAGGGGGCAGCUCCACGACUUACCAGCCUCUCAAAAUGGAAAAUCUUCAUCCGUUUGCCAACUCCAGAGCUAUCUGCGUGGAGAUGGGAUCCAAGCUCCUUCCAGAGACAAACCCUCUUCCUCCCCUCCGUCCCCCGGCCCCACGCCUGCCAGGCUCUGACCCAGUCCGGGCUAGGACACCGGCUGGUCCUGGCUGGCCCUCCUGAGGGACCACCUUCCCUGACCUCCCUCUUCCCAGCGGUCACUCGGCCCAUUCCUAUGCUGCACGGACUUGCGGGGUUUUGUUUAAUGUUGAAGAGGGCGGCAGAGGAUGAGAUGGUUGGAUGGCAUCACCCACUCAAUGGACAUGAAUCUGAACAGCUGGCAGACAGGGGAGCCGAGCCUGCUGCAGCCCAUGGGGCCGCAAAGAGUCCGACGACUUGGCGACUGAACAACACCCAGUCGUGCCCGCCGGGGUGCAGGGUGGCGCUCGCUGUUCACGUGGCUCUCCCCGAGCGCGCCUGGCAGGGAGCAUGACCCGAUAAAUAAACGUGACUAAGUCAAGA